AUGCGCAAUAUGGUUGCCCGGCCUCUCACACCAGAAGCCGACGAUUUCAAAUUCAUAUCAGUUAAAGGCCCUUACAGCAAACAGGGCCGGGGUGUGAGUCGCUUGGCUAAAUCACAUGCGACCAAGCGAGGCCUAAAGGCGAAACGGCUGCUCGAACAAAAAGCAAACCACAAUUUUCGGGUAGCAGUUCUAGGGGAGGAGAGCAAUGCGCUAGUUAAUGAGUCCCGUCUUAUAAAUCCACCAGUAUUACACCGGUCUUUAUCUGCGGGCAAGAUCGAUCCAUUUGGCGUGCUUCCCGUGGAUACCUCGCGGCUACAGAUACUACUAGGUGACAGCAGAGCCAGGAUAGCCUCCGAGCCUGUCUUCAGUACUACCGAGGAGCUCGCAUUCCAAAAUUUCUACGCCGUAUUUCGUACAGGCUUAACUGACCCUGCACUUUCAAAUGCCGUCAUGUUUUCUCUAUUAUCUGCAGUGACAGAGGGAAAUUUAGACAUCGAAUGCCUAAAGUACAAGGGCUGUGCUAUCGGAUGUAUUAGAGAUAAGAUUGCCUGUAUCAAAGGGGCCGUGUCAGAGUCUACAAUCGGAGCUAUUCUUCUAUUGGCGGGUGUAGAGGCUCAGUUGGGAAUGACCUCUCAGGUCGUACUUCACAUGUCAGCUGUAAGACAGCUACUCGACAUCUCUCGCAGCGAUGGUAUUUACCUCACGGGUGGCAUCAAGCGUGCAAUAUUCUGGCAAGACUUGAAUGCAUCAAUUCUGUCAGGCUCUGACCGAAUAGUCAAUCACAAUACCUUCUCAGAGCUACGGUGGCAACGAGACUCAUUCACACCAAGUUUCUACCGACUUUCACCGGGAUUUGACGUAAUAUCCCACUUGCUCAGUGAGGAUUUCGUCGAAAUACUGGAAGAUCUUCAUGCAUUGCAAUGCAUACGAAACUAUUCAAGCUAUGAAAAGGGCGAUCCGUUUCUGAUGGCCUACAUAAACAACCAUACCGCCUCUAUUCAAUCGAGGCUUGCGAAUUUUUUGGCAACUCCUUCCCCCAUACUAAAAUGCUGCUCUACUGCAGCGUAUAUAUGUUCUAUCAUGCUGUGUUGCCAUCCUUGGUGCGCUCUGGUAAUUCCGUCAUUUUUAUCCUCCCAACUUCUUGACCAAUUACAAAAGGUCGAAAAAGAUUUUAUGGGUGACGAAUACUCCCACUUGCUGCUUUGGCUGCUGUAUGUCGGCGGCACAUUUGCUUCACCCGGACCAGUUCGAUCAACCUAUGUUAAACUUCUUCGAUCGAAUAUAAUUACGAGGUUCCGCGGUAUCGAUAAUUCUUAUUCGAAGAUAUUUGAGAUUAUGAGAAAGUUUAUUUGGUCGGAUUUCGCUUUCUUCUCCAAAGCAUCGUUGCUGUGGGAAGAGAUAGUCGUAUAA